AGGGAGGCGCUGUGGGGGAAGGUGAUAAUGUUCUAAUGCAGAAGGCUUUCAUGUACACUAGAUUAGAAAUUCCCGUCGCCGUUAAGCAGUCUAGGAUUAGCCAUGUACCAGCAUUUACAGUACAAUAUGAGGUGGAUUACAAGUAACUUGAAAAUCCAUGCCAGAUGUUGUCAUAAUCAUCCUCAAAAAAGUGUACUGGCAAUCAGAAGGGAGGAUGUCAGUGUAUGGGAAAGACGUGCUCCCUUGGCACCUAAGCACAUCAAAGAGAUAACAAACUCUGGAUAUAAAGUCUUGGUGCAGCCUUCAAACAGAAGAGCUAUCCAUGAUAAAUAUUAUGCUAAGGCUGGUGCCAUCAUCCAGGAAGACAUUUCUGAAGCUUCUUUGAUCAUUGGUGUUAAGAGGCCUCCUGAUGAGAGGCUGAUCCCUCUCAAGACUUAUGCCUUUUUCUCCCAUACCAUAAAAGCUCAAGAGGCUAAUAUGGGACUACUAGAUGAGAUGUUAAAAAAGGAGGUUCGACUUAUUGAUUAUGAGAAGAUGGUGGAUCACAAUGGUCUCAGAAUAGUGGCCUUUGGACAGUGGGCUGGUGUAGCUGGAAUGAUCAAUAUUUUGCAUGGACUAGGUUUGCGCCUGCUUGCUUUAGGACAUCAGACACCUUUUAUGCAUAUUGGCAUGGCACAUAAUUACCGAAACAGCAGUCAGGCUGUUCAGGCAGUAAGAGAUGCUGGUUAUGAAAUUGCUUUAGGUUUGAUGCCCAAGUCAAUUGGUCCUCUUACAUUUGUCUUUACUGGCACUGGAAAUGUUUCAAAGGGAGCUCAAGAAAUUUUUAAUGAACUUCCCUGUGAGUUUGUAGAACCUGAUGAACUUCAAGAGGUUUCUAAAUCUGGAGAUUUAAAUAAAGUGUAUGGAACUGUCUUAAGUCGUCAUCAUCAUCUUGUAAGGAAAAGCGACGGAAAAUAUGUUCCAUUGGAAUAUGAAAGGCAUCCUGAACUUUAUACAUCUCGCUUUCAUACUGAUAUUGCACCCUACACAACCUGCUUGGUUAAUGGAAUUUACUGGGACCCUUACACCCCUCGUUUGCUAAAUCGAAGAGAUGCUCAAAGGCUGCUGAAUCCAGUUAUUCCCUCUGAAAAAUCUACUGAAGGAUGCCCAGAAUUACCUCAUAGAUUUUUAGCUAUUUGUGACAUUUCUGCUGAUACCGGUGGCUCAAUAGAAUUCAUGACAGAGUGCACAACAAUCGAUAAGCCUUUCUGCAUGUAUGACGCUGAUCAGCAUAUUGAUCAUGACAGAAUGGAAGGCACAGGUAUUUUGAUGUGUUCAAUUGAUAAUUUGCCUGCUCAGCUUCCAGUAGAAGCCACUGAGUAUUUUGGAGAUCGUCUUUUUCCUUAUAUUUGGGAAAUGCUUUCAUCAGAUGCAAGAAUUCCUCUAGAAAAGCAAGUGCAUUUUUCCCCUCAAGUGCAAGAUGCUGUGAUUGCAUCUAAUGGUUGUUUGACUCCCAAAUUUGAGUAUAUUCAGAAACUCAGAGAAAGCAGGGAGCGAGCUCAAAUUUUAAAAAUGAGUGGCAAAAAACGAGUUCUGUUGUUGGGUUCUGGCUAUGUAUCUGCGACAGUCAUUGAAUACCUUACUAGAGAUUCCACUACACAAGUGACAGUAGCAUCAGUCAUGAAGGAUCAGCUUGAACAUCUAGCAAGCAAGUAUCGUAAUACCAUCCCUCUGGUGCUCAAUGUUGCCACCCAGCAAGACAGACUCAGCUCUCUUGUCAAAGAUCAUGAUCUGGUUAUCAGCUUACUUCCUUACUCAUUUCAUCCUGAAGUGGCAAAGAUUUGUAUUAAAAAUAAAGUUAACCUGGUAACAUCAAGUUAUUUGUCACCUGCUAUGAAGGAAUUUGGAAAAAGUGCAGAAGAAGCUGGAAUAACAAUUGUGAAUGAAGUUGGUCUGGAUCCUGGUAUCGAUCACAUGAUAGCAAUGGAUGCAAUUGACCAAGCUAAAGCAGAUGGUGCAACGGUAGAGUCAUACGUGUCUUUGUGUGGAGGUCUGCCAGCCCCAGAAUGCUCUGACAAUCCACUUCGAUACAAGUUUAGCUGGAGCCCUUAUACAGCUCUUUUAAACACAGUUGCUCCAGCCACUUUUUUGAAAGAUGGAGAGAUUAUUAAUAUACCUCCUGGGGGUGCAUUACUUGAUGCUGUUACACCUCUGGAAUUUUUACCAGGCUUUAAUUUGGAAGCCAUUCCUAACCGAGACAGUACUACCUAUGCAUUGCCCUAUGGAAUUCAGUCUGCUCAUACUUUGUUUAGAGGCACUAUAAGAUUUAAGGGAUAUGCAACUGCUAUUAGUGGCUUUGUAAAGUUAGGAAUGAUAAACUCCAACCCCUGCCCAAUGCUGCAUCCCGGAGCCUCACCAGUAACCUGGAGAGAACUUCUCUGUCACCUUGUUGAAAUUUCUCCAUCAAGUAGUAAAGACGAACUAAAAAAUACAGUCUACAAUAAACUUGAAAGGAAUGACUGCAUGAUGCAGACACUAGAAUGGUUUGACAUGUUUAAUGAUGAAGCUGUACCAACCGCUGACAGCAUUUUGAGUGCCCUAGUAAAGCAUCUGGAAGCUAAACUGUCCUAUGAAAGUGAAGAGAGGGAUAUGAUUAUUUUAAGGAAUGAUGUUGGUGUAAGACAUUUGAAUGGUGAAUUGGAAACUAAGCAUACCAGUCUGGUAGUGUAUGGCGAUCCUAAAGGUUACUCAGCAAUGGCUAAAACUGUUGGCUAUCCUACUGCUAUUCUUGCUAAGAUGGUACUGGACGAGGAACUUCAAACUAAGGGUUUGGUUCUUCCACUAACCAAGGACAUUUAUGGACCAGUGUUAAAUGAACUGAAGGCAGAAGGUCUAAAAUUUGACAUGAAAAGUACAUUCUCUAAGUAAAUUUAAAAUGAUCAGUGUACUCAAUGAUGCUGUCUGCAUUUAUUUAAUUUCUUUAAGUUGUUGCUGUGUGUUAAGCAUUUUUGCUAAACUGUGUCAUUCCAUUGACUACAACAUACAGUAUGCCAUGAUUUUAAUGUUCUGAUUUCCAUAGGAACUGUCAACACUGGAUUUCAUAGGAGAGCAAAAAAUGCUUUAUUUGUUUUGGUAUUGUAAUUUUUUUUGUAGCUUUGUCUUUUCAGGUCAUAAAAUUAGUAUAAUUAACAUAAUUGAACACAGGAACUGUGACAGAAAUUAUGGAUUUUCAAACAUUAUUCUUUAAUCAGAAUGCCAGGAAAAUGUUAUUUACUCUAACAUAAAUCAUUCCUUCUUUUUAUCAUGUUUCAAAUUAUCUUCAGAUUAUCUUCAUAGAGCAAGCACAAGAGAAAAACAGUGUUUGUUGUUCUAUCAAGACAUUUUCUUGUUUUAAAUUGUUUCUGACAGAGCUGUGAUCAGCUAAUUGUAAUAAAUGGUUUCCUUUGUGUUGAAUAUUCAUGUGUACAUCUGUAUUAAACAUUUUGACUGACACCGACAAAGAAUUAUUAAUGCAUCCAGUGUUUUCAAUAAAUAAGUAUUUUAAAUAAAUACAUUAUUUGUUUGCCAUUUUGAAUGCCGAAAUAAAAUCAAUGCAUUGA